AUGGAGGACAAAAGUCACACAGUGGGGACCUUCCAGGUUGGGGACUAUGUGGUGUUUGCCUUUCUGUUCGUGGUCUCCUCUGGUAUCGGGGUUUUCUUCGCCAUCAAAGAGAGAAAGAAAGCCUCAUCUAAAGAGUUUCUGGUUGGGGGCCGUCAGAUGUCCUGCGGGCCGGUGGCCCUUUCUCUCACCGCCAGCUUCAUGUCUGCGGUCACAGUGAUCGGGGCCCCGUCAGAUGUGUACAGAUACGGGGCCUCGUAUGUCAUCUUUGGGGUCGCCUACACGUUCGUGGUGUUUUUUACCGCUGAGCUCUUCCUGCCUGUCUUCUACAGAUCAGGCAUCACCAGUACAUAUGAGUAUUUGGAGUUGCGUUUUUGUAAGCUUGUUCGAGUUGCAGCCACUUUCAUUUAUAUCAUUCAGACGAUUCUGUACACCGGUGUGGUAGUUUAUGCGCCAGCUUUAGCUCUCAAUCAAGUGACAGGAUUUGAUCUUUGGGGAUCCAUAUUUGCCACUGGCAUUGUCUGCACUUUUUACUGUACAUUGGGUGGGCUGAAGGCUGUGGUCUGGACAGAUGCCUUCCAGAUGGUGGUGAUGGUGGUGGGGUUUCUCACGGUGCUGAUCCAGGGUGCGAGUCGAGCGGGAGGGAUUGAGUCUGUCUGGAGCACAGCUCACACUGGAGGCAGAAUGGACGUCUUUGACUUUGACAUUAAUCCACUGAGGCGACACACGUUCUGGACACUCACUGUGGGCGGCACCUUCACCUGGUUGGGCAUCUACGGAGUAAACCAGUCAACCAUCCAGAGAUGCAUCUCUUGCAAAACAGAAGGUCAUGCACGCUGGGCUCUGUAUCUGAAUCUGCUGGGUCUGUGGAUCAUUCUGUUCUGUGCUGUGGUAUCUGGUCUGAUCAUGUACACUUUCUACUCGCGCUGUGACCCCUGGUCGGCUGGAUCGGUCUCUGCUCCUGACCAGCUCAUGCCAUAUUUUGUGAUGGAAAUUCUCGGUGCGUUUCCAGGACUGCCAGGCUUAUUUGUCGCAUGUGCGUUCAGUGGAACGCUGAGCACAGUAGCUGCCAGUAUCAAUGCUUUGGCCACGGUGACGUAUGAGGACUUUGUGAGCCAGUGUUUUAGAGAUCUGUCCAACCGAGCGGCCAACUGGAUCAGCAAAGCUCUGUGUGUGGUGUUCGGUGUGGCCUGCACUACUAUGGCUGUGGCUGCAUCAUAUAUGGGAGGAAUUGUGCAGGCGGCCCUUAGUAUCCACGGCAUGUGCGGAGGCCCAAUGCUGGGCCUGUUUUAAAUAUAUUAAAACUUAAUUUUUGAGUGGUUUUCUCUUUAGGGGGCAGCUGGGGGUCUGAUCGUGGGCAUCACUCUCUCGUUCUGGGUCGGUGUGGGGGCUUUCAUUUAUCCAGCACCCAGCAAUAACACACGUCCACUCGAACUCAACACUGCAGGCUGUAACUUCAACCUCACAGCUGAUGGAUCCAACCAGACAUCAGUCACCGCGAGCGCUCUCACCUCUGACAGGUAUUGGCUGGCUGAUUCAUGGUACUCCAUGUCCUAUCUGUACUAUAGUGCAGUGGGCUUUAUUGGCACUGUAGCAGCAGGUCUACUCAUCACACUGCUGACGGGACCAAUGGAUCCCAAAAAGGUAAAGCCAGGACUGACUCGAUCAGUGAAGGACGUCAUCUGCUUCUGCUCUGAGAAAUUCAUACACGCAGACUUUAGUGAAGACAAAGAGGAUUUGGGAGACUUUGGCAUGGCAUGGGAGAAACAUACAGACAUGGAAGGGGUUAUAAAAAUGGAGGAGAAGGUCAAGAGUGAUAAUGAUAACCUGCAUGAAAACGGUUACACUAAUGCCGCUUUUGACCAUAAUGAAACUAGUCAAGUUCAAGCAAAGCUUUAA